UGAGACAGCUGGGCAGUGCAGCCUCGGACUUCGGCCGGCUAACACCAGGACACAAUACAGGAACGCAGUGGCCGGGAAUCCGCUGUGUCCCGAAGUCUUCUCAGCUAAGCGAAGUAGGAAUAGGAGGACCGAUGUUGGCAGCACUGGCGGCGGUGUGCCAGUGGGUGGGCGCCGUGGUGCUGGCGUCGCUCACGGCCUGGGUGGCCAGCGUCGCCCUGGACAAGCUGAGGCCGCUGCGGCUGCUGGACCGCCUGCCGUCACGCGCCGUCCUCAUCACAGGUUGCGACUCUGGCUUCGGGCACGAACUGGCGCGCCGCCUGGACGCGCUGGGUGUGCCAGUGUUCGCGGGCUGCCUGUUCCCUGAGGGUCCCGGUGCGCGCAGACUCGCCGCGGACUGUUCCUCCAGGUUGCGCGUGCUGCCGCUAGAUGUCACGUCAGACCAGCAGGUGGCCGACGCCUCCGUCUCCGUACAGGCGGCACUCCAGGACGCAUCAGGCACAGAGUUGUGGGCGGUGGUAAACAACGCAGGAAUUACCGACUUCGGCGAAACGGACGUCACACCGCUGGAGAAAUUCAAGCAGGUUCUGGAAGCAAACACGGUGGGCGCUAUAAGGGUCUCCAAGGCGUUCCUGCCGUUCCUCAAGAAGUCCAAGGGCCGCCUCAUCAACGUCACCAGUCCUUUUGGAAGAGUGCCAAUCCCGAUGCAGAGUCCCUACUGCCUGUCCAAAAGCGCACUGAUAAUGUUUACUAACGUGCUGAGAAUGGAAAUGAAGAAAUGGUCCGUCACGGUCUGUUCUGUCCAACCGACUUUAUAUGGAACUGCUAUUUCUGACGUAGAGCGCUUGCAGGCGAAGUACUUUGAAAACAGUGAGAAGACUCUGUCCGAUGACAGAGAAGGCAUUCGACAGGCGGCGAGAAAGAAUUGUGAGGUAAUUCUCAGAGCGUCCAAGGCGAUCGCUUUGAAGAACAUCUCAGAGGUGAUUGACGAAAUGGUGUCAGCCUGCGUCGGCCGUAAUACACAGAGAGCACACAUGCCUGGUUUCAUACCGACAAUAACGAUGACGGUAGCUGCCAGCCUACCAGACUGGCUGAGAGAGAUCAUAUCCCAGGCAUGCCUGGCGAUAAUAAAAAUAAUAUGGGGAUAAGAAAGUUGUUGACACAACGUCCGAAGAAAGAACGUUCUGAGGUGGAUGAGAAGGGUGUCCAGACAGAGGAGCAAAGAGUCCCGUCAGUACUUGUCGUGUGGACGCGGAAAACACCUGUCAGUAACGUUACUCGGUUAUGUACUUCCUAUUACGUAUGUGAAAUACUUCUAUUAAUUAACAAUAAAAUUUUUAAUAUAA